GUCACUGUCAAAUUUGUCAAAUCACAUUAACAUAUAUUCAUCAUUCAAAAUUGUAGUAAAUAUAUUCCAAAUGUAUAAAUUACUGUCUAGAAGUCUACCAAAAUGUAACAAGUCCUUGACAAAAUUCACUACCAUUUACAAGAAAAUUCUAAGUGUUUGCCAUGCCAGUACGUCACAUCAGAAGAAAAAUGCCCCCAAGUCACAUUCGACGAAUACAGAGGAAAAUUCGCAACGAAGUUCAAAAAAAAAUGAAAUAACAUUCAAAACAUCAAGGACUUUUUCAUCUUCUUGUGUUGGGAAAACCGGACUGAAAUUUCUGAAAAAAUCUCUCUUCCCGGAAAAAUGCAACAGGAAAGUAAAAUUCUUGAUGUUUUCUACUUCAUCUAAAUUUUGUUAUUCAUCAACCGCGAAUCAAGCUAAAGAGAACAACAAAAAAUAUUUCAAAAACCAUAGAGCUUUGGAAUUAUACAAAAAAGCGUUUGAACAGUGCAUGAGAAUUAAACAUAAGAAACAGCGUGUUGAUAGGGCACACAAUAUUAUUGGAUGGACUCCGGAACCUUUCAAAAUUAGAUAUCCCCAUGAAUUAGUAGUCAUUGCUGAUGAAGAGAAGGCCGAAAAAUCAAAUAGUAAACGCAGUAACAAUAACAAAAUAAUGAUUGAGGAGAAAACUCCGAAACAAGUUCUUAGACUCAUACCCAAGAAGUCUCUAACCAUAAAGGAAAUGGCGCAGAAGAGAAAGGUGCUGGAAAAGAAGAAGAUGACUUCCAAAAACAACAAAAAACCCCUGAAAAUUGUGUAUCCAACUCAUAUAAUCAAACACAAAUUAGGUUUGACACCAUCUUAUCAUAUCGAUAAAUCGGUGAGAAAGAAAAUUGAAAAAAUGUCUAAUGCCAAAUUCCGCGAAGAACAAAAACCGAAGCCUAGGGUCCAAAUAAACACUAUAGAAAUUAUACCAUAUAAACAAGAAUUAGAUCAGAACUUGUUGAAGGUUAUUAGUGCUAUUAAGAAGCGACGAGAAAAAAUUUGCGAGAAAAAUGCGAAAACUGAGGAUUCUAUUAAACAUCUCAUAAGUCAACAUCCUAUGGUAAAGAAGGCCACCAAGACAGCAAAAAUGUCAAUCAACCAGAAAUAUAACGUUAUCCUAUUGAAGAGCCAAGCAAAAGUUCAGUUGAAAAUGUUGAAGCCAAAGGAACUAGUGGAAGAUAAUGAUGCUGUCGGAGAACGAUGUGGAGAACCAGACAAAGUGUCAUCUGCGGGAGACAACGUAAACAAAAUCGAAAAAAAUCAGGAAACACCAGUAACUCCUCUACAUCAUUUAGCAAGAAACUCAAAAAUAACACAACAUCCCAUAUUACCAAGUGAUACCCAAAGAGAUAUGAAGCAAAUGAUUAGAUAUCCAAAAAGGCUUUUAGUUGAAAAAAGUGAAACAUUUGACGUUGAUGGCAUAUGCUUGAAAACGAAAGAGAGCUACGUAGCUUACGUAGAUGAAAUUGGCGAUAUUCCCAAGAAAAUUCCCACAUUCCAGGAAAAAGUAUAUACACAUCCUAUAGAAAAACAAGAUGAAGCGGUAUCUGAUCCUAAAAAAAUUAAUUAUCAAAAUUCUGAAAAACAAAACGAUGCCCUAACAGAUAAAUCCGAUAGAAUCGCAAAACAUGACAACAAUGGUGUUGCCCAAAAUUUAUUGAAAUACCAACUGAGUCAGGGUGGGAAAAAGGAUACAGAAGCUGUACGAGAUGUAGGUCAUACGGAAAACCAAUCCAAGAUAGUGAAUCCAGCAGAAAGUCUGAGGGAAUAUUUGAAAAAAUUGAAUGAACUGAAAAAUCAAACUUCCAUUAGUAGAUUAAGUAUAGCGAAUUACCCAAUUCGAACAUCCUCUAUGGUGGAAAAUCUUAGUCUGAAAAAAAUCAACGUGAACGAAAAUAAGAAUAUUAAAUCUAAAGAAAUCGAAGGAAAGGAAAAGGUUCAAGAACUACUCACUAAAAAUAUCGAGAAGAAUGAUGACAAAAAUAAAACUGAUAAUUUAUUGAAAUCGAAAGGCACAAAUAAAAUUGACGAAAACAUAAAGCAUGUCGACAAAAAGUUGGAAUUCAUAAAACCUGCGGAAGAGAAAAUGAGAACAGUGAAAAAUUUAGACAAUAUAAAUUCUACAUCCUUUAAAUUAGAAGAGAUUAACUCGGAUAAAGCCGCUGAAAAUCGGUCCAGUGAGGUGAAACCUUUAUUCAAAAAAUUAUUGGAUCAUGAUAGAGAGCAAGUAAGUGCAAAUGAGAGAAAGAAAUUCACGCUCAUUCCAGAUGAAGAAACUUUGAGAAAAAAAUCUGAGGCAAAAGCUAAAGUUAUAAUUCCAAGAUUCAGAUCAAUGCCAGAGCGAACAUCAACCAGAUCGCCAGUAAUAAAAAAUGCGCCAAAAUAUUCCUUGGAAAAUUUUCAGCCUGAUGAUGCUUUGUCAGAAAAAGUGUCUGAAAGUGAAAAUGAAAGGAAGGCAUAUCUACAAAACAAAAUCUAUAAGAAAAUAUUAGAACAAUAUGAAGUUCGAAGUAAAUCUGACAUGCAUAUGGGCAACAAAAAAUCAUCUCAAAAUGAACAGAAGAGCAUUGAACAAACUACGAAAAACAUUGUUGAUCCAGAAAAAAGGUUUAGUUCGAAAAAUAUUUUGAAUAGCUCUUCUGAUAUACACGAAGGAAACUCUUCAAAAACUGAGUUGCGAGUUCAUUCGAUAGAAGUUGAACGGCAAAACGACCCGGUAAAAGACCUCACAACAUCCACAGAAACUCAUUCGAAAAAUGCUUAUCCAAAACAAACCCCCCAAUUGAAUCAAAUUGAUUACAUAAAAAGCCACAGUGAGGAGUCUAAGUAUAAAGAGAAGGUGAAAAAUCUUUUAGAGCCUUCUAGUCAGUAUCUAGAGAAACUCAAAGAAGCUGGAAAAAAUCAAAUGAGAAAUUUGGGAGAACUACAGGCUCAACUGACAAACCAGCUGUCGGAAAAUAUGGCAAGGAGUUUGAAAAUUGAAAAAAUGAUAGAAAAUGCCACGAAAGUGGAGAAUAAUAUUACAAAUGAAAAUGAAUCAAUCAAACUAUCUGAAAAAGCUGUUCAACUAGGAAUAGAAGAGGGUUCAAAAAGAAAUGAGACAACAGUAAAGCACCCGAACCAGUUAACCAGCAGGACUGGUGAGGUUCAAAUCUUACCAAAUGAUUUCAGUACUAGAGAGGCAGAAGUGACACAGAAUGAAAAAUAUAAAUAUUUAUUAGAUACGAAUAAAAAUAUCGAAACCGAUGGAGACAUUUCGAAAAGUGAAUAUUCUGAAGAGAAUACACAGGCAGUUCCUUCUUCUUUGUCUAACAAGUAUUCUUUGGAGCAAUCACUCAAUGAGCAUUCCAACAAAGAUAACGAGAAUUUUAAGUAUUCUGAACAAUUGGUAGAAGUUAACAACGGUAUUGUUUCUGAAAACAAUGUAGCUGUGAAGGAAACUUUCCUUUACAUCUUGAAAGAGAAAGAUCCUGAACAGGAUGAUAUCGUAACAGAUAUAGUAGAGAUGAAAAAUAAACUUGACAGUAAAAAUAUAUCAAAAAUAUUAAAAGAAGAACCAGAAUAUAAUCAUCUACUAGACAGCUUCAAAAAUUUACUGGAUGUCUCUGAAGACUUCGUAUCUCGUCACGGUCGAAUGAAAGAUUCUCAUAGUGCAAACCAUCUGCAAAACAAAGGGACUUCUCACCAGGUCAUUCAAUCACAAGAAAAGCCAUUGAAUUCUCAUGAACCUUCACGUAUCCAGUCCAGUGCUGCUCUAAACCGUCUAGACAUUUCCAAUCCAACCGAGGAGCAUCAACCACCAAUUCGGAAAGAAGUUUUUUUACAACCCCCAAAGCAUUCUGAGUCUGAAGUAGACGAAUUUCAGAAAGAUCAAGUCGUUGAAAAUUCUUCAGAAGAAAAUACAAAGUUUCAAUAUAAUCAAGACGUUUUUCAAACUUCUAUUCACCUAAAUAAUAGGCCUUCAAUCAGGAAAGAAAAUCCACCAAUCAAUAAACCGAAACCACGAAAUGAAAAGAAAGACAAGCCAAAAUCUAAGAAAGACCUUGUUUUUCCCCCACCAAAAACCGGCGACACUCCAAAAAUGGUUGAAGGUAACUCCAUGAUUGAAGAGACUGAGAAAAAAACUGAAGAAAGUUUCAGUAGUGAAGAAUUCAAAAGGAAAUACAGAAAUUCGAUAUAUGAGCAAAUGGGAAAAGAUGACCUUGAAGAUAUUGUUUUCGGUUACCGAUACAAACCAAAACAAGAUUGGACUAAAGGUUUAAAAAAUUGGAUAACCAUUUUAGCUUUCAUAGAAGAAUUGAAAAUAACAUAUAAAGACGGAUCUGAUGAAAAUUUAAUCAAAAUCAGUGAAGAAUUUAAACAUACUGCUGAGAAUAUGACUAGUAACAAGUUAGAAUUCGCCAAAAUUGUACCAAUAGAAGAUCUGGAUGAUCCCCCCCAAAAAAAUUGUGAAAUUAUGGAAAAAACAUAUCCAAAGGAGCAAAAAACUGAUUACGAAAAACUGUCUGAAAAACCAGUUCCAAAAUCUAAAGAAGUGGAUGAGAAUACUAUUGAAAAUAAUAUUUGUACUGCAAAAAAUGAAGAAAUCAGAAAUGAUGAAUCAACGAUUUCAAAACAGUCAAUAAGUUCAGUUAGUUUGGAUUUGCCACAGACAGCUGAAAAAGUCAUGUUUAUAGAACGUAAUCACCAAAAUGAGAGAGAUGAUUCAAAAAUGUGUUUAGAGAAAGGAACGAUUGUAGACAGAAAAGUCCAUCAGAAGAAACACGAUCUUGAAGAGACAGUUUCAACAAAACUGAGAAAGGGAACAGAUGAAUCAAAAGAAUUGAAAUGGCCACCAAAACUACUGAAGUUUAAAUUUCCUCAAAAAAGAAAACAAAGUGAAGAGUUGCCACUUGAACAAAAAAUUGUUGUAGAUAAGGUCAGUCAACCUAAAUUGUCACAAAAAAAAGUAUGGAGUGCACGUAAUCCACAAAAUACUAGGAAACGAAUUGGGUUUACCAAAGAAAAUGUUUCUUCAAACAUGAAAAUUUCCGUUGAUGAAUCUAUUCCAGUGAAAACUCCUGUAUCAAAUUUGCUGGAAAAAAAUUUGAAACAUUUUAAAACUGUAAACCAAAGGCCAACACAAGUACUUCCACCGAAAAAUUGUUUAAUGUCUAUGACUAAAACUGACGCGCUGAAAUCUAAAACCGAUUCAUGUCUUCUGAGAACGUUUCUUUUAGAUGACGAUGAAAAUUUUGAAGGAAAUACAGAAAAAACUGAGUUCAAGAAAAAUUUGAAAAAAUAUACACUUACAUCUAAAAUUCAUACUGAGCAAUAUUCAAAAAAUAAAAAAAGUGAUCAUAACAGGUUUUCUAGACAGCUUGCCGACAUCUCUGAAGACUCAAAAUCCCCCGAAAUAAUAAAACAUCAAGCUGAGACUUCAGCAAAUCAUUCAGAAUCAAAACCGCCUCAGUAUUCCAAAACAAUGUCUUCUAAAUUGGGGUUACCAACAAAGCAGUCCAGAAAAGAACAACGUUCAAUAUCUCUCGAAAGUAAUCUGAAGUCGUGGAAAUUAUUGAAAUCAGAUAACUUAGGCACCUCUGAUAGAAAGACUGAAAACAACUCUACAAAGGAAAACUAUUCAAUCAAAUCUUCUCCACUAUCAAAAAUGUUUUCACUGGACGAAAAUGACCCCGAUGAAUACGACAAGCCUCUAAAGGAACCAAUGAAAACCUCAAAACUGUUGAAAAUGUUUUCAUUGGACGAAAACGAUCCGGAGGAAAUCAGAAAACCUUUGAAGAGAGCAAAUACAUUAUUACUACCAACAUUUGAAGAAACAUCGUAUCUAGGACAAAGAAAAUUACGUCAACAGUGUAAGAACAGUUCCAAAUCCACAGAUAAAAACCAAUGUAAGAAAAAUGCCGAUGUUAAACUUGAGACAGCAAAAACUAAUAUGAAUGAACCAGAUCCAGAUAAAAAAAAACAUUUCACAACACUGCAACAAGAUUUGAACCAAUCGAAAAAACUCAGCGAAACUUCAGAAUCGAACAGACUGAAAAAAUCUACUAGUUUCACUCCUGCACGUCUUCAGGAAAAUAUCUUAGGAAGUAAACUCUCUGCGAAAUCUUCUUUGUUGACAUCAUACGACUCUUUUGAAAAUACCAAGAAGUCAUCAUCGAAUAAAAAGAAGAAUUUCACAGAUGAAAGCAAACAGUCAAAAAGACCCAAGUCUCUCGAAGUCUUGAACGUUAUAGAAAAUAGUACUGAUUGCUUUUCCUUGUGUUUUCGAAAAAACAAGAAAAAGUCAAAAACGGCAGAAAUAGUGCCAAAAUGUGUGGUUAGAUUAACUCUUCCGAAGACAACUAGUGAACAUUUCAAAAUGGAAGAGACAAAUAGAAAAUAUAACGUUCAUAAGAAAGGGUUUGUUGAUAAUGUAUUCGAUACAGAACGGUCUAACAAUCAAACGAAAAUAAAUAAAUUAGAAUGCGUCUCUUCAUCUCAAGGAAUGUUUCGGGGAAAAGAAAAAAAUGGAGAUCAUGAGACAUAUUUAGGAGGAAAUAAUGGAGAUAGCAGAGGAAAAAAAUCAUCCAAAUUACUUUUGAAAGUGAUUUUACCAAAAAAUCCUUAUGCUCCGGGAAAAAAGGUGGUCGCAGAUGACAACCAAAAGAAAAGUGAUCCUAAGGCACCUAAAAUUGGACCAUUGCCAGGUAAGCUGAAAAAUAAAGCAAUCAUUAGAAUUAAUAAGACUUUUGGUGUAUCGGAAAAAUUUCAACACAAUAAUACAGCAUUAGAACCAAAUAUCAAAAAGGUGAGUAAAUAUGUUAAUAAAUCAUUACGAACAUUGAAUUCACCGUCAAGUUCCAAAAACUCGAAGUCUGCUAAAAGUUACUCAAAUAGACUGGAUGAACCCAAUCAAAGACAUGUGCGCCAAGAUAUAAUCAAUUCAACAGCGGAAGAAGAACGAACAAAGGAGCUCAAAGAUAAAUCAUUGAAAGAAAUAUAUGGAAGCGUCUAUCUCGAAAUGAUUAUGGAAAAAUAUAGGGUAAAUAACAAAAAAUUAGAAGAUCUUAGUGAUCAAAAUAUGGUUUUGAAUGAAAUCAAAAUAUUUCAAAGAAAAAAAUCUAAGGAACGAAUUAUCCAAUUAUUCGAUAGAAAUCUGAGAAAAAAUAAUAGAAAUAGUCGCAAGAAAAAGGAUAAAAGAAAUAUGGGGAAAAAAUUGGACUCUGUUGAAAACGAAAGACCAUCGUCGAUUUAUAAGAUCCAGAAGAUAGAACUCACAACAAGUAAAACAAAAAGCGAUAACGUGAAACAAGACACAAAAGCACUAGAGACCGGUAACUUGAGAAAAAAUCUUUCUCAAUUUGGUCGUUCGACUGAACACAUCGAAAAUAACAACGAAACAAAAAAACUACAGAGAAAUCAGAGGAAAUAUAAACUUGAAAUAGAUAGUGGGUUGAAACUUGAAGAUAGUACUAAGAGAUCUCAUCAACAUAAUAUCAGCGUACCUAAUUCUGAGAAAAAAACUGAAAAAGUAUCCAAAAAUACAAAAUACGGCAUUUUCAGUCCAAGAUAUUGUUUGGAAUACCUUGUAGAUGAAAAAGAAAAGAAAGUGGGUUCUCAGAAAAUAUUGAGUCACUUGACGAAAGCAAAAAAAAUACAAAAAAGCAAGCAGAAACCUUAUGGUAACUUUGGAAAUUACCAUUCAGAAAAUCAGUUCAAAAACAAGAAAUAUCACAAACAACCCAACACUCAGAAAGCAAUUCUAAGGAAAGUACCUUCGAAGAAUAGUAACAAUCUAGAAGAAAAUCUUGAGUUGCAUGAGAGACCCUUCAUGGAACUUGAACGGAAAAAACAUUUGGUAAAGAAACCAAUUUCGAUAACAAAAUUAUCUGAAAAAGGACAGAACUCUUUGGAAAAAAUCUCAAAUGAAUACAUAUAUAAUCAAAAAAGUACAAAUAAGCCAGCACUGAAGGAGAUGAAUUUGAAAGCAAAAUCAUUUGGAAAAGAAGGAGAGAAGAAUUGGAGUAAAUAUUUACUGGAGCGCUCACUUUCGUCACUUGGAAAAGAAGGAGACAAAUAUUGGAAUAAAUAUUUUCUGGAGCGCUCGUUAUCAUCGCAAUGUUUGGAUUAUGUGAAGUCAAAGGAAAUGAAUAAUCGAAAUGAUUCUGCAUCUUCUACGGAAAAACAUUCAAUUGUCAGGCCUUCAUCAUCAAAAUAUUUACUAGAAAAACAGGUUUCAAUACCAAGGAUCAAUUUAAAUCUAGACACUCUGCUAAAUGACUCAAAGAAAAAUAAAUCUGCUCCAGAAAUAAAGAAUCUGAUAGGUAAGUGGGGUAAAACAAUGACUAAACUAGUCGAAAAAAAUAAUAUCAGAAAAGCUCGAGCAAAAAUUCAAGAAAUGUUUCCAAAAAUAAACGUUGUCAUGGAUCCUGUAGACUUUGGGGAAAGAAUCAUUGGAACUGAUCUUUCCUGUAUAUUUUCCAACAAAGACUCAGGACCACACAAUUACACUGAACAAAAUGUUGUAGCAAAAAUUGAACACAUCCUUGACAAACGAGUAAAAAAUGGAAAGUUUGACAGAAAAGGUAAAUCAGGGUCUUUAAAAGUUAAGAAUCACGAUUUUGAGACUAGUAGAAACCUAGACAAAUUCAGACAUUUUAACAAAUUUUUGGUUGCAGAAAUGAAGAGUGAAAUAGCUAGCAGAGACCAAUUGAUUAGUGAUCAACAACAAUCUAUACAAAAAGAAGCAAAACCGUUGAUCUACAAGCAGAAACAAAACUUAGUACGCAUUUCAGAUAACAAGAAGACUGAAAACAAUAAGGUGGUUUCAAGACAACUAACUCCAAAAGUAACCAGCACACUAGUGAUAGAGAAGGUUUUGCCAGUCUAUCCGCCAAUUGAAUCAAAAACUGCGAAAAGUCCUACGACAAAAUUUUGUUAUCAAAUUCAAAUUCCCCCGCAAUCCAUUAUGCAGGUGCUCUUUUCUCAGCCCAGGUUUGAUGUAACCACCCUGACAGAUGAACUUCGCAGAGAAGUUGUUCCAGUACCCAAAAAGUCAAACGCAAAAUAUCGAAAUCUCAAAAUUACUUACAUACGAGUGAAGACAGGCAAACCGGCAAAAUUCGAUGAGAGCUUUUUACCAGCUUUGAUGUCCAAAAAAAGCGAAAGAACCUCGGAGAACGACGAUAAAAAUAAAGAAACACAUAAGGAGCAGAUAUUGAAGAUGAGAUAUGAAUUGUUAAAAAAAUUACGAGAAGAAUUUGAGUUUUUGAAUAACGAACAAGUUAAUCAAACAGAGAAAAAUGAUAAUAAAUCAGAAUUUGGAUUUAAGUUGACAGAAAGUAAAGAUACUGAAGGGGAAAAGUUUCCAAAAAAUAACACCGAGUUGUUAAUUAAGAAGUUGAGCGAGAAAGACAUGGCUGGAAAAAAAGAUAAGCCCAAAAAUUCCGAUGACGAUCCGAAGAGAAAAUGAAAAACAGGUUUUCGAAAUUCUGAAAGGAUUCUUAUGAAAGGUGAUGUCGAUAUUACAAAAGAAGCUCCAGAAGUUUUUCAUGUACCUGCCGAUGGACUACUGGAACGCUUACGAACUAAUUAUAGAAA